UACACGAGAUACAUACAGACAUGUGGAUGCGAAUGUGAAAGAACAACAAAAGAAACCGGCAAUAACCAGAGAGAUGUUAAAAUAGACGCGAUCUCUGGCAACUGGCACCGCCCGCCACUGGCCACGUUUUCAAAUGUUUUGGCGUUAUUAAACAUUCUUGCUAUUGCUGGCAUUGGGACAAACUUAAUAAUUAUAUAUGUAGGCACGCAUACUGUAGCACUCUCAUGCAUAUGUAUCUAUGUUUGUAUGUAUGUACAUGGGAGAAGUAGACACACUUAUUUGCCGCUUUGGCAAAAUUCUGUCAUUGUUAUUCGCAUUUGCAGCAGCAGGCAGCGACGACGAUUCAUAAAUAAUGUCUGAAGAUGCCAAGAGUCCACGCACCAGAAACAUUAUUGAAAAUCAACUUUUCCGACGUCAGCGAAGCUUAAAGCUUGAGGCCCUGCAGCGGCAGCGCUCCCAAUAUGGCACCAUCGACGUCGCCGACGAUGAUGAAGCGGACUCAUUCGACAAGACGUACAUAGUCAUCAUAUUUACUGAGAAGGCCAAGCUGCGUCAUUGCCAGGAUGUGGAAAAGAUCAUACAGGAGUUUGAUAUACAAACUACCCUGGAAAUUGUUAGCAAAACCGAAAAGUAUUUGUAUCUGUCGGCCAGCCUGAAUACGCUGCUCCGACUUGCUGAUGCCGCGGAGCUGGAAAAGAUGACCACGACGGGGAGUAUACAGAAGUUUAAUCAUGGCUGUGUCUCCGACUUUCUGCUGCCUGGCAUGACCAAGGAGCAGAUUCUGACCUACUGCGAGACUCCUGUGCUGAUCAAAGAUGUGAUAGAGCCCCCCAUCAGAUCCUACAUACAGAAGGGUUACAUCGAGGACAUGUUCCCAUUGCAUGACAUUCUGUUUUUGGAUCGAUUCAACUUGAAUCUCAAACGCAGCACGCUGCCCGUUGAAGAAAUUCGCAAUUAUUUUGGCUCCAGCAUCGGUCUGUAUUUUGGCUUUAUCGAGUUCUACACGAAGGCAUUGGUAUUUCCGGCUGCUUUUGGCCUACUCCAAUGCUGGUGCGAUCUCAAUCUGUCGCUGGUGUGCAGUUUCUAUGUGGUCUGGACGACGAUCUUUCUGGAGCUGUGGAAGAGGAAGUGUGCUGGAUAUUCGUAUCGCUGGGGGACCAUUGAGAUGAGCAGCUUGGAUAAGCCGCGAGCUGCAUAUCAGGGACAAUUGAAGCCGGAUCCCAUAACUGGCAAGAUGACACUGCAUUAUCCGAUGCGCUACACGUACCUGCAAAUGUAUUGCAUUUCGUAUCCGGUGGUGUUGGGCUGUGUGGUCGCUGCCGCCUGGUUUGCUCUGUAUCAGUUCCAAAUCGAGGCCGAGGUGCUGGCCGAUUUUGGUGCAGAGUCUUGGCUUCUUUAUGUGCCGGUUAUCGUUCAGUCCGUCCUCAUUGCGAUCUUUUCGUGGGCGUACGAGAAGCUUGCCACAUUCCUUACCAAUCUGGAGAAUCAUCGGACACGCUCGCAGUAUGAUCGUCAUCGGGUCAAUAAACUGAUGCUCUUCGAGAUCGUCAAUAAUUUCUUUUCGCAAUUCUAUAUUGCGUUUGUGCUGCAGGAUCUUAAGCAGCUGAAGUAUCAACUGAUGAUGCAGUUGCUCAUCUUUCAAUUGCUGUGCAUUGCCCAGGAGAUCGGCAUCCCGCUGAUGGCCGUGCUGCGCCAGAAGUACGCCAAGUAUUUUCACAAGGAGCUCGAUCCCGAAAAGUUGCGUGCGAUCAGCAAUAAGCCACGCUAUGAGCAGUCAUUCUACGAGUCUGGCCUCGAUGCCUAUCAUUCCACAUACGAGGACUACUUGCAGGUCUGCAUACAGUUUGGCUAUGUGGUGCUCUUUGCCGCCGUUGCCCCCUUUGCUGCCAUUGGUGCGCUCAUCAACAACAUCUUUGCCGUUCACAUUGACAUGUUCAAGCUGUGCAACAUCUUCAAGCGUCCUUUCGGCCGUCGUGCCAAGAAUAUUGGCGCCUGGCAGUUGGCCUUUGAGUUGCUCUCGGUCAUGUCCCUGCUGAGUAACUGCGGCCUGCUCUUUCUCCAGCCGAAUGUCAAACAAUUCUUUUCGCAUUGGAUACCCUCGUUCCCGGAUCUUUCGUUUGUUAUAUUCGAGCAUGUCCUGCUGGGUCUCAAAUUUCUAAUACACAAGGUCAUCCACGAGCGUCCACGCUGGGUGCGCAUUGGACUCCUCAAGGCAGACUUCGAGACCAGCCAAGCACUCAAGCAGCUCAAGCAAAAAAUUCAAAGCUGCCAAUAAAAUUGCAUAGAUGAGAAGGACGAAGGAGGCUACAGAUGCACUUGGCGGAAUCGGGCUUAGGCCAAAAUAUAAAAUAAACCAGUCCAUUUACAUAAUUAUUUAUUUAUCGUGUAUUUGUCGUAUGCUUUAAAUGCUUUUAUUGUAAAUCUCAUACUAAUGGUGCCUUAAAUAUGUACUUAUAAAUAUUAUUAUUAAUCUUAUUAUUAUUAAUACACAUUUACCGUGUCUAAAUUUGUAUAAAUGCAUCCAAUACAAUAUUUGAUCAAUAUCA